CUGCUCUGUCCUUGUUCUGGUUCCUCUGGAGUUCCCAACCUCCUGCCGCCCCGUCCCCCUCUGCCUCCAGCCCCCACCCCCACCCUGUGUCCUUCAACCCCCAACCUGUGCGAUGCUGCCGGCAAGCCUGACCUGCCUGGGCCCGGCCCUGUGGCCGCUGCUGCUGCUGACUGGGGCUGCCUGGCUGCUGGCCCGUGUCCUGGCCUGGGCCUGGGCCUUCCGGGACCUGUGCUGGCGUCUGCGCUGCUUCCCGCAGCCCCCCAGGCGGAGCUGGUUCUGGGGGCACCUGGGCCUGGUGAAGAGCAACGAAGAGGGCCUGCGGCUGGUGGAGGAGCUGGGACACUCUUUCCAAGACCUGCACCUCUGGUGGAUGGGGCCCUUGCACCCUAUCCUGCGGCUUGUGCACCCUAAGUUUGUGGCCCCCUUGCUCCAGGCCCCAGCCAGCGCUGCCCCCAAGGACAUGCUGUUCUAUGGCUUCCUGAAGCCCUGGUUGGGGGAUGGGCUGCUGCUGAGUGCGGGGGACAAGUGGAGCCGGCACCGUCGCCUGCUGACGCCUGCCUUCCACUCCAACAUCCUGAAGGCCUACGUGAAGAUCUUCGGCCAGAGCGCGGACACUAUGCACGCCAAGUGGGCACGCCUGCUGUCAGGGGGCAGUGCCCGCCUGGACAUGUUCGAGCAUGUGAGCCUCAUGACGCUGGACAGUCUGCAGAAGUGCGUCUUCAGUUUUGAUAGCAACUGUCAGGAGAAGCCCAGUGAGUACAUCGCCGCCAUCCUGGAGCUCAGUGCUCUCGUGACCAAGCGGCUGCAGCAGCUCCUCCUGCACUGGGACCCGCUGUACCGCCUCACGGCCGACGGGCGGCGCUUCCGCCGCGCCUGCCGCCUGGUGCACUCCUUCACCGAUGCCGUCAUCCAGGAGCGGCGCCAGGCCCUCCUCGCCCAGGGCUCCCACGACUUCCUCAGGGCCAAGGCCAAGGCCAAGACGCUAGACUUCAUUGAUGUGCUGCUGCUGGCCCAGGACGAGGACGGGAAGCAGCUGUCGGAUGAGGACAUCCGGGCCGAGGCUGACACCUUCAUGUUUGAGGGCCACGACACCACAGCCAGCGGCCUGUCCUGGGUCCUGUUCAACCUGGCAAAGCACCCUGAGCACCAGGAGCGCUGCCGGCAGGAGGUGGGGGCGCUGCUGCAGGGCCGGGAGCCCCAGGAGCUAGAGUGGGACGACCUGGCUUCACUGCCCUUCCUGACCAUGUGCAUCAAGGAAAGUCUUCGCCUGCACCCGCCUGUCACUGUUGUCUCUCGCUGCUGCUCCCAGGAUGUGCCUCUCCCGGAUGGCCGGGUCAUCCCUAAAGGGAUCAUCUCUGUCAUCAGCAUCUUCGGAAUCCAUUACAACCCGUCCAUCUGGCCGAACCCCAAGGUGUACGACCCCUUCCGCUUCGAGGCAGAGAACGUGAAGGACAGACCCCCGCUGGCCUUCAUCCCCUUCUCUGCGGGGCCCAGGAACUGCAUCGGGCAGACGUUUGCCAUGACCGAGAUGAAGGUGGUGCUGGCGCUGACGCUGCUGCGGUUCCGCGUGCUGCCCGACGAGCAGGAGCCGCGCCGGAAGCCGGAGCUCAUCCUGCGUGCCGAGGGCGGGCUGUGGCUGCGGCUGGAGCUGCUGGACCAGGCCCACUGACCGCGCUGACCCUCUGUGGACGCCCGAGAGAGAAUACAGCUGUGUGCUCCCCUGCCGUGGUUCUGGGCCGGCAGCAGGGACCCAGGGGACAGUGGGAUGGAGUGGGGCUCUGAGCCUCGUGCUGGCCAUGGUGCGUCCAGAGUCCAGCGGGAGCUUCAUCUGUUCUGAUGGGGCUGUGGGAGCGCCUGAGAGGGAGGAGCGGGAGGGGGGAUGUGGAGGGGCACCCUGGUGGGGUUUGUGUUCAAGGCGCCCCAGGACGGCCUCCAUCCGCUGACUCUACAGUCUCUGCUGUUUGGCCGUGGCCGCUCCGCGGGGGGCCACCAUGGGCGCAGAUGGGGCUUACAGGAAGUGGACCUCGCCUGACCCCCUGGCCCUUCUUGAUGCUCAUUGGGCUGUGUCCUCCUCCUAGUCCCUCUAUACCGCUUGGCCCGGCACUGCCAAACGCGCCUCAUAAACAGUACAGACCCUGCCCAGCUGCUCUCUGGCUCUGUCCUCUCUCCCC